GUUCUAGCAGAGUGAAAACAUGUUGGACUCUCUCUUCAUGCCUGGGAAUGUUAAAUAAAGUCAGCUUCUACAGUUGACGAACUUGAUCAGCAUGGACAACGAAUCCGUCGACAUGGAUAUUCUACAGCUGGAGGGAAUAAAGGUCAGGCCCCAGUCCUCCGUACCCGCCUUCGUCCUCCUCCUCCUCAUCUACAUCUUCAUCAUGGUGUCCAACAUCGGCCUGGUGGUCCUGAUCUCCAUGGAGAGGAGCCUCCACCAGCCCAUGUACCUGCUCUUCUGCAACAUGAGUAUCAACGAUGCGUUCGGGGCGACGACCAUCAUCCCUCGUGUCCUGGGUGAUGUUUUCACUCCAAUGACUCAGCGCUACAUUCACUAUUAUGAGUGUGUCGCUCAGGCCUUCUGCGCUCACUUCCAUGCGGGCACCUCCCACAUGGUGCUCAUCAUCAUGGCCUUCGACCGCUACGUGGCCAUCUGCAGCCCCCUGCGGUACGCCACCAUCAUGACCAACAGGAUGGUGGUGGCCCUGUCGGUCUCGGCGUGGACGGUGCCUUUUAUUUUGAUCGUGAUCCUCGUUUGGCUCAGCGUCCGUCUGUCUCGCUGCAGGCGGAUUGUUCUUAACCCGUUCUGCGACAACGCCUCCUUGUUCAAGCUGUCCUGUGAAAACGUCCUCAUCAACCACGUCUACGGCCUCAGCAUGGCCAUGGUGACGAUGGCCGCGUCACUGGGCAGCGUGACGAUCACCUAUGUAAGGAUCGCCAUGGUGUGUCUGAGCAGCAAGAGCAAGGCUCUGAACAGCAAAGCACUGCAGACCUGCGCCACCCACCUGGCCGUGUACGUCAUCCUGCUCUUGUCGGGGAACAUCAUCAUCAUCCUCCAUCGGUUCCAGAACUUAUCGGACCACAGGCAGCUCGCGUCCAUCUUGUUCCACGUGGUUCCUCCCUCCAUGAACGCUGUUAUCUACGGACUGCAGAUAAAAGCUGUCAGAGAAAAAAUUAUCGUCAUAUUUACGAGAAAAAAAAAAUGA